CCUCCGAGGAUUGCGUUACCUUCUGACCUGUGAUUCAUGUAGCAGGAAGAGUGCUUCUCAAUUCUUUGCAAGCCCUAAGUGAGUUCUUCAUCGGUGAAUUAUAGGUCCAUUCCUGCACUGGUUCCUCUGGUGUUUUCAUCAUCCUCUCUACUGAACCCCGUCCUGCACUGCCAGGGGUGAACCUGAGGAGGGACGGUGAAGGAUUAAAGAAGACAGGCAAGAGAAUACAGUUGGGGACAAACUCAGGAUAAAUUGAGCAUCAUCUCCACAAAUUCAGGGGAUCUUGGAUUUGAUUCAGUAGAAAUGCAGAGCUCAGAAGACAUUAUUACAAAGGUCCUUGGGAUUCCCACGAGGCAGGAGUACUUGGAGUACUUGGCACAAUGCCUGGCACCAAGAAAUAUGCAGAAGUUCUUUGCUGGUGGGGUUUGUAGAACAGACGUGCAGCUUCCUGGGAAGGUCGUGGUGAUCACUGGCGCCAACACCGGCAUCGGCAAGGAGACGGCCAGAGAGCUCGCUCGCAGAGGAGCCCGAGUAUACAUUGCCUGCCGAGAUGUACUCAAGGGGGAGUCUGCUGCCAGUGAAAUCCGAGCUGAUACAAAGAACUCCCAGGUGCUGGUGCGGAAACUGGACCUAUCGGAUACCAAAUCCAUCAGAGCCUUUGCUGAGGGCUUUCUGGCAGAGGAAAAGCAGCUCCAUAUUCUGAUCAACAACGCGGGAGUGAUGAUGUGCCCAUAUUCCAAGACGGCUGAUGGCUUUGAAACCCACCUGGGAGUCAACCACCUGGGCCACUUCCUUCUCACCCACUUGCUCCUGGAGCGGCUGAAGGAAUCUGCUCCUGCACGGGUGGUGAACCUGUCAUCAAUGGUCCACAUUGCUGGCAAGAUUCGCUUCCACGACCUCCAGGGUGAGAAGCGCUACAGCCGCGGUUUUGCUUAUUGUCACAGCAAGUUGGCCAAUGUGCUUUUUACUCGUGAGCUGGCCAAAAAGCUCCAAGGCACAGGGGUCACCACCUACUCGGUGCACCCGGGCAUCGUCCGCUCCGAGCUGGUCCGCCACUCCUUCCUGAUGUGCCUGCUCUGGCGGCUCUUCUCCCCUUUCCUCAAGUCAGCGCGGGAGGGGGCGCAGACCAGCCUGCACUGCGCCCUGGCUGAGGGCCUGGAGCCCCUGAGCGGCAAGUACUUCAGUGACUGCAAGAGGGCCUGGGUGUCUCCCAGGGCCCGAAAUAACAAAACUGCCGAGCGUCUGUGGGCCGUCAGCUGUGAGCUUCUAGGAAUUCAAUGGAAGUAGAGCUGGUAGAAGAGCCGCGGCUUUAUCAGGUCCGGUCCGCGCCAUCACGAAGGGGGACCAAGAAGGCCAACCCUGAGGACUGUCCUCCCGGCUGGCUGCUGCUGUGAAUCCUGUCCUCCUCCGAUUCUCCCGACCCUUCUGGAAACCUCUGUACACCCAACCCUCUUGUGAGGCUGGCUCGUGGUAUCAGAUGUUCACGUCUACAGAGCAUUCUUCUCCAAGACUUGCGGUCGGCCUCCCUCUCGUGGCAGGAGGAGCAGGCAGAAGCCAGGCUGAGCACAGGGAUGGCAAAAGAGCCUGGGAAACUGGGUCAGUUUCCUCACCGGAACCAGGAACGCCAGCCAGCAGGCUCCGCGGAGGUGGCAGGAGCACCAGCGUCACGUAUUUCCAGGGACUAUAAACUCAAACUCGUGACUAAUCUCUUUCCUCUUUAAAUUCUGCAUCCCAAUUCUGGUCACAGCUCUGGAGUCUGGACCAACUAAGGAAAAUCUUGGCUUAACCUUGGCCAACUUUGGUUCCUUCCUCUGAGCACCCUGAGUCCCUGCAUGAAGGUGGGCCUUGCCGUUUUCUUUUUCCACUUCUUUUUUAAAAAUUGAAAAAAAAAUCUCUAACUUUAUUGAGAUAUAAUUUUUAAUCAUGCAGAUGGUUUCAUUUUCUAAAGCAUUCCCUUUACCUCAUUUUUAAAAUAGUUUGCUGAUUUAAAAAAAAAAAAUAGAGACAGGAAGGGAGAGGAAGAGAGAGAUAGAAACAUCAGUGAUGAGAGAGAAUCAUUGAUCGGCUGCCUCCUGCACGCCCCCUACUGGGGAUCAAGCCCACAACCCAGGCAUGUGUCUUUGCUGGGGAAUUGAACUGGCUACCUCCUGGUGCACAGGACAACACCCAACCAACUGAGCCACACCAGCCAGGCUUUACCUCAAUUUUUAGAGAAAAUAGAAUACACACCCCAUUGCCUUACUUAUUUUCUCAGGGUAGCAAGAGAGAAACGGAACAAAAUGGGGGAAGCCAGCCUUCUAUUUUAUUGAGUAGUAUCUCACCCUUCUCACAACCCAUAACCUUGUUAUAAUAUCACAUCUUAGAAUGCAUUAUUAAGAUGGUGUAAAAUAAGAUGUUUCGAUUGGAUAUUUCUUCAAGUUGCUUCCAGCUCUCACGUUUUAUUAUCUAAGUGACUUCAGUUACACAGUUGCUACAUUUCACUAUAGAUUGAGGCCAGAGGGAAGGUGGGACUUGAUUGAAUUUGAUACACAGAUGCAGAAAAACCACGCUCUGAUAAACCCUCUACCUGAACUCAGAGGUCUUCUCGCUUCUGGCCUCCCUGCUCUCCUGUGCUUCAGCCCCUGCUGCUUGCCUCAAGUGCUGACGUCACCAAG